AUUGGUGAUUUAACGACUAUAAUGGUAGUACCAUUUUCCGUUAUUGAUCCAGACCAUAAUGAGUUCCUAUUACCUGGCGUAAUUUUCUACUCAAUCAAUUGCAACAAGUUGCAAACACUUUCCCUAAAGUCACGGGUCACAAUAGUAAAAUCAUUCUUCUCAAUCAGCCGUUUUAUAAAUUCCCCCUUCACCUUUAACCCCACUCCCCAUUUUAUUCGCUCACUCAAAUGGCCUAACCUACAAAAUACUCUCAAAGACUCCUAAACCCAAAAUAUGGAGAACUACUCCUACACUUCUUACCCUGAAUCCGGUGACUCUUCUCCCCGUUCCCGUGAAAUUGAUUUCGAGAACAACACAGCAUGGGAAGAUCCGAAUCAAAUCCCUAAUUAUAAGGUUAAAUUUAUGUGUAGUUAUGGUGGCAAGAUUCAUCCACGACCACAUGAUAAUCAGCUUGCUUACAUCGGCGGUGAAACCAAGAUUCUCUCUGUUGAUCGGAAUACUAAGUUUCCGUUGCUCAUUUCUAAGCUGGCUGCUAUUUGUGAUACUGAUACUGUGUCGUUUAAGUAUCAGCUACCAGGUGAGGACCUUGAUGCUUUGAUUUCUGUUACUAAUGAUGAUGAUCUUGAACAUAUGAUGCAUGAGUAUGAUCGUCUUUAUAGAGCUUCGCCGAAGCCAGCUAGGUUGAGGCUGUUUUUGUUUCCGGUGAAUCAGCCGGCGAGUGUUGGAAGUGGGGUGUCUCAGAGUAGGAGUUUUGGUUCGGAGGAUUCGAAAUCGGACAAGGAUAGGUUUGUUGAUGCGUUGAAUUCCGGUCCGGCUCAUGCGUCUCCGACUGCGGGAGCUGUUUCACAGCAGGUUGGGAACGCGGAUUUUCUGUUUGGUUCGGAGAAGGGGAUGGUACCUCCACAUGUGAAAUUGAGAGAUCCGAGUGCUGAGCAAGCUGUUAAGGAACCGGAGAUUCCGGUUCAUGGAGUGGAUGAUCGGUUGAUGGGGACUGAUCCGAUCCAGAAACACAUUCAGGAUCUGCAGAGGUUGCAUCUAGAAGAGCAACAGAAUCUGUAUCGUCGGAAAAGUGACGAUAAUCUGACAGCGGCUUUCACCGGAGGUGACUAUUAUGUUCAGAGGGGACCAGAGAAAAUAGCUUCUUCUACCGUGCCGGGAACAGUACCUGCACCGGUAGGCUAUUGGCAGGAAAAGCAAGUCCCUGGAGGUGUACUACCGCCGAGCAGUCUCGGUACGGAACAACCAGUUUACAUGAUCCAAGCACCGGCCGGAGCAUAUCACCCACACCCGCAGCACCCACAUUUUGUCAGGCCAAUGGCAGGACCACCGCCAGGUCAAGGGUACUACGCCGUUCAAAGGAUGCCACAGGAGCAGUACCGGGAUCAACCAGUUUACAAUGUCAUGCCUAGUUUACCACAAGCAGUGCCGACAGUUGCAGCUGCACCACCAACUUUGCAAUCUCAGGGACCGCCAAAGGUAGCUGGUUAUUCAGAAGGAUAUGGCAUGGUAAGACCAACAGCAACUACCAUGGGAGUUGGAGUAGCAGAUGCAUCAGGUGGAUACACACAGAUGGCGUACGACGGUGGAGUAAGCCGGCAGAUGUACUACCCUCCUCCUCCACAAGGCGGCGUAAUGGCGCCACCACCACCACAACCACAGUACCACGCAAUGCCACCGCAAGCGGUUGUUAGCUCCGAUAUGAGAAGUCAAGAAGCUGCUAAGGUCGUUCCUGUCAAGGCUACUACGCAAACAUGAGUGUGAUUCUUGAAGCCGUUUAAUUAAGGUACUAUAUAUGAAUAUGAUCUUGAACUUUCAUAUAAAAAUUAGCAAUAUAAUUGAAUAAAAGUAGUCGGGGCAUGAGUUUACAGUAUUAGUAUUAUUCUGUUCUUCUUGGGAAAAUUAUGUGCCAUGUUUGUGUACAUUUUGAGUGGAGAAUGUGUUCCAUUAUUCUAUGCUUCUUUGAGAUAAUAUGUUCCUUUAUAUUGUGCGAUGCA